AAUGGCAGCAUCAUUACAUGUUCAAUUUUAUUUAGAUAAACUAAUGAGUAUUGAUAAAGAAUUAGGAGGAACAGCAGCAGCUUGUAUAAUAUAUUUAUAUUUCUUUAUAGAAAAAAAGGCUGGAGAUGAUUUUACUAGUUUAAAAGAUUCAAUCCAUACAUUGUUGUUUUAGUUGAGAUCGAAAAUUGAAUAAAAAUAAAAAUAUGCUAAUGUUUAAAGGAAUGUUGAGACAAUAAAAAUAGACGUAGAAAUAAAAGACUUAAUCACUGAUAUUGAAAGUUUGUUAGAUAAGUUGAAUGAUGCUUUGAGAAAAUAAUCUAAAGAUAAAAAGGUAUUAAUAAUUCAUAAAUUAUAAGAAAUACCCUGAAUAAAAUAUACAAGCCAAACAAAAGAUCUAUUCAAACUAUAGAUAAUAACUUUAUGAUUUACAACAAUUAUUAGAUCCAAAUGCAGUCAUUGAUUUAUAAUAAACUAACAAUAGUGUAGAAACAGUGAGUGCUUUAAAGAUGAAAUUGAUGGAUCAAGAUGGUAGAAAGCCACCACCAUCAUAAUAAAUGACUUAAGAGGAAAAAGAUGCUAUGUAGAGAUGGAAACAAAAUGAUGAAAUUAUGGAUAAAUAACUUGAUGUUCUUAUUGAUGGUACUUAACAAUGGAAAGAAAAUGCUUAGAAAAUUGGUCAAGUAUUAUUUUGAUAUUAUUUAAAUAGAAAAUUGAUCAUACUACAAAUUAAAUAGACAAAUUGACUGUUUAAGUAGAUAAAACUAAUGAAGAAUUAUACAAAUAGAAUAGUUAGUUGAAGAAGAUUGUUGAAAAGUAUAGACAACCAAAUAAGUUUUGUUUGGAUAUGGUUCUAAUAUUCAUCUUAAUUGGAUUAUGUGGAGUUAUCUAUGUAAUUCUAAAAUGA